GUCGUGUUUUUUUCUUAUCGGUUUUUCGAAGUGUUCAUCGGGUCGGGUUUCAGAUUUAGGAUUGAUAAAGGGCCUGGUUUCGGAUUUUGGGUGUCGUUACUUGAUUCUAGUCUAUCUUAUAAAUCGAUUUAUAGUUUCCCUCACGUUUUAUGAAUGUUUUGCCCAGCCCCUUGAUAAUCAGUUGUUCAAGUCUAUUGUACAGUUUGACAUUUCAAAUCACCAAAAUUUUCACUUAUUUAAAUCUUUCAUUUUUUUCAGCAUUCCUUCGGAUGAUUGGUUUACGCAAAUGUAUGGGCCUAUGGGUGAAAAUUCUGAAGAGAAAAUUUUAAAUGCUAAAAGAGGUGAAGGGACUAAAAGAAAGAAAAUUUUGAAAAACAACAAAGUCAAAGCUAAAAAACGUAAAAGAAUAUCUUCAACAACAACAACUUCAACAAGUUCAGAUUUGAUAGAAAUUGAUGUUUCUGAUGGUGAAGAUUUAAAUCAAGUAUUUCCUCCUUUAUUAUCUCCACAAACCUCCAAAAAAGAAGAAAAUAAAGUUGAAAAAACUGAAAGAAAUGAAAUUAAAAUUGAAAAGAAUUUGGUUGUUAAAAAUGAUAAAAAUAAAGGUCAAAAUAGAACUUCAUUUUCUGAUGAUGAUUUGGAUUUUGUUGUUUUGUUUGAAUCUAUUGCUGAGAAAAAUUUGAAAAAGGAAAAUGCUCAAGAUAAUGACGAUUCUGAUGAUUCUUUCACUUUUUCCAAAAAUACGCUUAAAAGACCUCCUAGAAUUAUUAAAAAUGCUCAAGAUCAAGUUAGAAAUGAUAUUGAAGAAAAUUUUGGAAUAACGUUAUACCCAAAUCAAGUAUUUUUUGAAAAAAUUUCAAAUUAUAUGAAUAAAUACAAAAAUGAAUUUGACAAUUUUAAUAGAAAUAUAUGGACACAUUUUACCGAAAAUUUGCAGAAUGAUCAUACUUAUACUUGGUUUGAUUUUUAG